GGUUUAACAACAACACUGACAGCCAGGGAAAAUAUCCAGUCAAAGUACAUCCAUGAGGCUAGCACUCUCCAAACGGACGGCCGUUCUCGGCUUGCUGUGGAUCACGAUGGUGGAGGCUAUAGGAGAUGUAACCGAAGAAGAAAGUAAGUUUGCUCCAAAACGUGUGUGGUCUGCAGUAGAGGCUGCAGAGGCGUGGAGAGAGUGCCCGGAUGUUGAAACCUACAACGCCUACAUGACGUCAUGUGUUCUCACCUUUGCUGAGGACGUCAGUCAGCUUGGGAACGAGACGAGAUGCGUUUGGCCCAAACCGUCCCUGGUGGCCUUACGGCCGUACCAAAGACUAACGGAGUGUGCCACGCUGGUUGGAAAACUCACCGACUGUCGCGACGCCGUGGUCCUGAGCAGAGUUAUGCUGGCGCUCCACAGAAUAUUCUACGUCGGUUGUCCCAGACCCCCGGAGCACAUGCUGGAAGCCCCACCUCACAUCAUAGCCUGUUUCGUCACCUUGACAACCACCAUGACGAUUGCAGUCGCCAUCAUGCUCUCUCUGUCCAGAAAUCCACCAAUCAAAAUACGCCGUACAUAAUUCUUUUAGUAUCAUAAAAGUUCAUCCGUGUUGGUAGUUACAUGUUUAGACUUAAUUAUUAGAGUUAAAAUUUUAGAUCCAACACAAAAAGUUCUCUCACCUAGAGCUUUCGACCAGUCACUCUGGUCUUCCUUAGUAGACUGACCCAGUGAGGCUUGUCAAGUGGUUUCUUUGAUGUGUGACGUCAACACUGGGUCAAAGGUAUCUGGUAGACGAUGUCGACCCCCGUCGCGGUUUAGUGAAGGGUAAUGGGCCCCGAUGUAUAUAGCCUGGGUCAG